CUUCCCCACUUCCUUCUUCAGCAGAUCUGGGACGAUCCAGGCAGGUAUUUUAUAGGAAAAGACGUGGAAUAAUGUGGCUGCUGGAUUAUUUUCUGGCAGUGCGAUUUUAACCACUUGGUGUCACUCUCUCCCAGAUAUCCCCAAGGUCCGGGACAGGGCGGGAGGAUUUUUGGGAUGCUUUUUGGGACCUUGUAGCAAACCCUGAUCUGGGAGGAGCCAUUAUCCCAGACAGGGAUUUCUAUGGAUACCUGGAGCUUUGAGGUGGCCCUUGAAGGAUCCAGGGUGACGUGAAAAGUAGGAUUUUCUAUAUUUUUUUUCCUAAUCAAUGCCAUGUCUGGAAUGGCUGGAUCCCGGCACGGAGGAGAGAGGCUGGUACGUAGGAAUUCUAUCCCAAAAAACAUCCACGGCUACAUUUCCCAUCAGGAAAUUCCCGUGUGUCGCCGUCCUUGGCCUCUGGCUGGGUUCGGGGGGCUCUGGAAGGUGGGAAGAGGAGAAGAAGGAAGGUGGAGUCAAAUGGAUGCAGCUGGAGCACCGAGGGCCCUACUUUGUGCCCCUCUACGAGCCCCUGCCUGAGGAUGUGCAGUUUUAUUAUGAUGGAAAACCCUUCAAGCUGAGCCUGGCCACGGAGGAAAUUGCCACAUUUUAUGCCAAAAUGUUGGAUCAUGAGUACACCACCAAGGAGGUCUUCCAGAACAACUUCUUCCAUGACUGGAGGAAGGAAAUGACCUCAGAGGAGCAAGAGAUAAUCAAGGACCUGGACAAAUGUGACUUCAGGGAGAUCCACAAAUAUUUUGUGGACAAAAAUGAGGCCCGGAAGGCGCUCCCCAAGGAGGAGAAGCAGAAGCUGAAGGAGGAGGCGGAUAAGAUCCAGGAGGAAUAUGGAUACUGCAUCAUGGAUGGGCACCGGGAGAAGAUUGGCAACUUCAAAACAGAACCUCCAGGGCUCUUCCGUGGCCGUGGGGAGCACCCCAAAAUGGGGAUGCUGAAGAAGAGGAUCAUGCCUGAAGAUGUCAUCAUCAACUGCAGCAGGGAUUCCAAGAUUCCCGAGCCCCCGGAAGGUCACAGGUGGAAGGAGGUACGCUUUGACAACACGGUCACCUGGCUGGCUUCGUGGACAGAGAACAUCCAGAACACCUUGAAGUACAUCAUGCUGAAUCCCAGCUCCAAGCUGAAGGGGGAGAAGGACUGGCAGAAAUACGAGGUGGCUCGGCGCCUGAAGGAUGUUGUCCACACAAUCCGGGCUCAGUACAGGAGAGACUGGAAAUCCAAGGAGAUAAAGAAGAGGCAAAGAGCAGUGGCCCUCUACUUCAUUGAUAAGCUGGCCCUGCGAGCUGGGAACGAGAAGGAGGAAGGGGAGACAGCAGACACAGUUGGCUGCUGCUCCCUGCGUGUGGAGCACAUCCAGCUGCACCCCCAGCUGGAUGGGCAGGAGCAUGUGGUGGAGUUCGACUUCCUUGGGAAAGACUCCAUCCGUUACUACAACAAAGUGUCCGUGGAAAAGCAGGUGUUCAAGAACCUGCAGCUGUUCAUGAAGAACAAGGACCCCACCGAGGACCUCUUUGACCAGCUCUCUACAAACUUCCUGAACAGACACCUCCAGCACCUCAUGGAUGGUUUGACGGCCAAAGUCUUCAGGACCUACAACGCUUCCAUCACCCUGCAGGAGCAGCUCAAAGCCCUCACCAACCCUGAAGACAACGUUGCAGGAAAACUCCUGUCCUACAACCGGGCCAACCGAGCCGUGGCCAUCCUGUGCAACCAUCAGAGGUCCAUACCAAAGACCUUUGCCAGGUCCAUGCAAGUCCUCCAGGAAAAGAUUGAUGCCAAGAAGAAACAAGUGGAGGAAGCCCAGGAAGAACUGAAAAAAGCUGAAGAGGAGUUUAAAGACAAAAGCGAUGCCAAAGCAGAAGACAAUGUGGAGAAGAAGAAGAAGCUGUUGAAGAGGCUGGAGGAGCAAUUGGCCAAGCUGAACAUCCAGGCCACGGACAAGGAGGAGAACAAGCAAAUAGCUCUGGGCACAUCCAAGCUGAAUUACCUGGAUCCCAGGAUUAGCGUGGCUUGGUGCAAGAAAUUUGGGAUUCCUAUCGAGAGGAUCUACAACAAGACCCAGAGGGAGAAGUUUGCCUGGGCCAUCGACAUGGCUGGCGAGGACUUUGAAUUCUGAGCUGGUGCCUUCCACAUUAAAUCCCAAAUCCUGCUCAUUUGGUGCUGCUGGGAAGCUUUUUUUUUUUUUUUAAUUUGCUGCUGCUGGGGGCUGAGGGUUGUCUGAAUGUGGUGCCUUUUGUAUUUUGUAUGGAAAACCAAACACCUGGAUUUGCAGUUGAAACAGGUAUUUCUGAUUGGGAUUUUGGACUUUGGGAGCUCUUAAUUCAUCUACAGAGCUGCCAAGUACUUGGGAUUUUUUUCUUUCUUCCUCUGGAGUCUUGGAAGGAGAUUAAAUAAGAGCCUUAAUUGUGCUGAUCAACAAGUCAGCAGGAAAACGGGGAACUGCAAUAUAAAACCCAGGACUGGGUUAGGAAUACACUGGGGGGAAAGUCAAAAAUCUCAGGGUUUGACAUUUUGGGGGACUUUGUGCCCUUUCACCUCCAGGAGAGGAGAAAGUUGUGCAAUUGCAGGGAUAUUAAAUGGAAAAAACGUGUGAGGGAAUUUGUGUCAUUUCAGGAGAAGGCAGAAGAGAAGAUGUUGGAUUUAAAAGCAGUUUCAUGUUGCAGGGGGUUAAAAUUCACCUGAAUUUUGGUCAUGAGCAAAGUGUAUUUUAAGCCCCAUGUGGUUUAAAUUUUUGUCUGGGAGAGGACAUCUCGCUUGAGGCCAUGUGUAUUUCCUUAUUUUCUUCACUUGGCUCUGGCUCAGCUCCUGUAUCCAGAGCAGGAACUGAACUGUCCAGACAGAGGUUUAGGAACUGGGGAAUCUCCUAGGAAAUGGGAUAAUGCUGGGCCAGGCUCCGUGGGGUGUGUGAUCAGUAUUCCUGGAGUUGCUCCUGUGUUGGGAUGGCACCUUUGGCAUCAUCCUUCCCACUCUGGGAAUGGAGCAGGCAGGGAUUAACAGCAUAAACUGGUUGUGUUUGCUGCUGAACUGGCUGCUUUCCACAUCCCAAAAAAGGCAGUUAUCAGCACAUUCCUGGCAGAAUUCCCACAUCCCAGAGAGUCCCAGGUGUGAGCAAACUGUUGCAUUGGCAGGAAAACCCUCUGGCACCUCAGGGCUGCUGUCCAGGGCUCUGUAUUCCAAAGCUCCUGGUGCUUCCCAUGUAUUUAUUUCCACUCAUUCUCAUGUUGAAAUUGUUGCUGUUUUGGUUGGAAAUGGAGGUCUUGGAAUGCAUUUCAUUAAAACUGGGAGUGGUUUAUUUUUUCUGAGUA